UUCGUGCCUCGGUGAUAGCAGGACGUGCUUUUCCACUCGUUUUGUUUGUUUUCCCUCUGCGCCAGUCUCUGUGCAACACGUUUGGAAAAAAAAAACAAAAAAUAUUUGUGGAACAAUCGAACGAAACUUUAAACGCCUUUCAGGACCAGACAUUCUUUAAAGGGAGAUUUAAUUCAGCGCAUGAUUUUCGCUACAUCCGAUUAACAUGAUCAAGUGAAUUGGUGCCCCUUUUUUGUUUGUUUUUUCGUAAUGGACGCUAUGAGACAUCCUGGUUGAGAUAGUCAAAACCGCAUAAGUCAGUUGAGAAACACACAAAAAAUUGCCUUUUUUAUCAGUGAAUCAUUGAUAAACCAACCAGGAUUUAGGUUGUUAACAAAAGAUAAAAAGGAAAAGAAUUUCACACCUGUUAGCCCGCCUUCUAAAUGAAACUUUUUCGUUCGUUCAAUUACAAGUUGGAUCGAGCUCCUGGCGGACUUUUACCGCAACCCGCUCUUUUUAUCAGCAUCUGAUUAAAAGCCUCGAAGAAAAAACGUGACGAGAAGGGAAAGUUUUUGAUUUUCUUUCUCCUUUUCACCUUUGUGAGGGGGGCCUCACGGUUGAAAGAAGGAACGUCUCUAUUUGGACUUGUUCCAUGGCGACGGUCGAAGGGGAAGCCCAUCUGCACGAUGGCUGGGAAAACCACGACGGGUCAAUGGUUGAAACCACAUCAUCCGAAGACGAGUUAUUAUCACCUACACCAGAAGAGGCGGAAGAAGCCGCUACUUGGCUAAUCGACGUCGGACUGGGUGACAUUGUCGACAACCUGAUGGAAAACAAUCAAUUAGUGACGGAAACGAGUCUAGCAAAUGCCGUAAUAGAAGAUAAUCUGACGAGUAAUCAAUACCAAACGAUCCGGCGACGAGUGGAGACUCUUCGCCUCACAGUAAAGAGCCGUAAAACUCGAACUGGAGCUGGCCAACAAAGGCCCGACUGUCGCGACAUUUUUCGUGAUCCAGAGGCUAGCCAUAGCGGCGGAUCGAGUGGCCGCUCGCGAUCAGCCACCCCUGACUCGUUGGACACGGACUCGUUGAAAACAUCAACCGAGAAUUUGCUAGGAGAAGGGCUAACAAUCAGUCCGGCAGUCUCGCCAAAAACUUGGUCGCGCUCCGGUAGCCAAGACGAUGGCGAGCAUUUAUCCAAUCGAUUUCAAAACAGCUGCUUGAAUGACGAUGAUGCGGCAACUAUUUCAAGCAACAAAAUCUUUCACCUGGAUUCGUUCCUUCCGACUACGUACAGACCAGAGGCGAGAAGAAGACGUAGUUUUAAUCAAAUCGAUGGCAUAAAACAGUCAUUUAAACCGUCUCGGCCGGGAUUUUUCAGCCCAGCAACAGAAGGUCAUGUGGCCGCGGUCGAUAAGCAGGGGAUUGAGAUUGUCAAGUUCAAACUAGUUGGGACACUCUCGUCGGCUUCGCUCUACAGUCAAAGGAGAAACAGCGAUCAAUUCGAGGAUGUUUCAGAGUUACUUCCUGUUACGCAACAGCCGAGAAUUUCUCUCGAGGACGGACUCACCCAUGCGCAGAAGAGAAAAUUACGUCAACUGUCUCUCCUGGAACUGACCGCCUUAAUGGAUAAGUAUGGGCUGGCCAUAAGGAAACGAAGCAGGGUCAGACUUCGUAGUUUCGCACAGGCAAGUCGCGAGAGAAAUGUUUUUGGAGUACCUUUGAAAAAACUAGUGGAAAAGGAUCAAGCAAGAAUACCAAUUAUCUUUACAAUGUUAAUAGAGCAGCUGAGAAAUAGACGACUGGAUGAAGAAGGACUGCUACGAGUACCUGGCAAUAAACAAAAGAUGCUAGCUAUGCAAAAGCUGAUAGAAAACCAAUGGAAGAAUCAUGUUGAUGCUAUAGGGAUACAAACCGUGAAAAGUGUGCUGGACAGCUCUGGCCCUCAUGAGGUUGCCUGCCUCUUGAAAUCAUUUUUGAGACAGUUACCUGAAUCGUUGUUCACACAGGACUGUUUAGACUUGUUUGCUCAAGUUGGAGACAUGACCAUGUUCGACGAUCAGCUUUGGGCACUUAAUCUAUUAAUUAUCCAGCUUCCCGACGUCAAUUACCUGACACUUCGAUUAUUGCUCAGAUUUCUCAGGGACGUUGUAGAUCAUCAGGCCCAUAACCGAAUGACGGUCAACAACGUGGCCACAGUGAUGGGACCAAACCUUUUCCCUCCCAGAAUAAGUAAAGCAAGUACCAAAACCAACAUGGAAUCAUUAACAGACGGGAUGGCCUACGCCGCGAAAACUAACCGCAUAACUGAGAUGCUCGUCACCCACCAAGACGAACUUUUCUCUAUUCCUUCGGAAAUAUUAAUGCAAUUAUCUCGCAUCAAAGUCAAAUAAUUCAACAUUUUCUAGUAUGUAAACGAUGAUGAAAAGCCGUGCAAUAUGUGUAAAGCCUGCUUAAGUUGUUCAUAGUUGACAGUUGAUUGCAAAACAGUAUGCAUGUCGAUUGCUGCACUGAGAUUUGUAAAUACAUAAAUUUAAUUUGCCGUUU